AUGGGCAAUACACCAGCAUCACCUUCAACAUCUGAUUCAACAGAGAAAAAGUCUCUCUACCGUCGCUACAAAGACAGCAAAGCACCCGUACCACUCAGCGACGAAGACAUAAAAAAGUACACGGGCAAGACUCGUGAAGAGCUCGGCACAUGGGCUGACUCGACGCCCGGCGUGGGCAAGAAUCAACUCGCUGGUCGCGCCAUGAUUGGGGAAGCUUCUGGGCUUGCUGGCGUGGCCAUGGCGGAUGGAUAUGGAGGCUGGGGACCUAGUGCUGAGCCGAAUGAUGUGAACAGAGGCAUGAAGUUUCCUCCCAAGCCUGCUGAGGCGCCGCCAAAUGAGGUUAUAGAGGUAGAGGCGAAGGAGAAGAAGUAA